GUCACGGUUAGGAAUUCGAUAACCGGUUGAACGUUGACUGAUUGAUCUUACCAGUGCAGUAGGUGACAUCCCGCCGGCAUGUCCCACGUGGCACGUGCUCGCACUCGGGACCGACGCCUUCCCGCAAUAGCCUGAGCCUCUUGACGAUAAUACAGCAGGUAUGCCGUGACCAUCAUCUAGCUGUAAUUCUGACGCGACCAUGAAACAGGUAAACUUUUGAUCUGGGGUUCAAGUGCCAAACGAAAAAUAAGUUAUCAGCGUCAAUCUGAGAUGCUAAGUAAGCCAUUGGCCUAUUGGUAGGCUAAGUACGUGACUGGUUCCGAGCACAUCAGACAGACCGCGCUGCAUGGCUGCGGGCGCAGCGCGUUUGACAUGGAGCGUUUGACAUUGACGCCCAGCUCUACUGCGGUAUAUCUGCAGGCAUGCACACGCUGGGUUUCCUCGUUUUCUCGGACAUACAAGCGCCGCCUGACCAGCAUGAACGGAGACAUGAAAAAGGUUUUGCAACUUGAAGAUGGCAACUUCGGGUCAAUGCAGGCCACCACCGUCAACUACCAGGCUUGCGAUUGUCAAUCUGUGGAGCAGCCGCGCCAGUCUAUCGCAGUUAGGCUUUUGAAGGUCUGUGGAAUCGGCAUUGUGGGCUGGCUACUCUUAGUCGUAUUUACCCACCCGGGAUUCGAUAUCGCGCGUAAAUUUUCCGCCUACUAUGAGUUUCUGACAAACUCAAGUGAACCUGGUUACCCUGAUCCCGGCGACGGGGAAGUUCUCAAGUGCAUCAGUAGUGCAGAUUGGGAUGCAUACUAUGACAUACCACCAUGGGCACACCAGUUCCCUUCUGGCAGCGAGUCACAUUUUACCCUUCCUGUUGACUCUGAGGCCCUGUAUUUCCUCUCUCGGGGUGCCUUCCAAUACGGCACUCUCACCGUGGAGCAGUCCCAUGAGGCCUCGGAUACUGUCAUCGUACGCGUCCGCGCUGCAUACCAUAAAGAAGAGGCCCUUGAUCGUGCAAAUAUUUGUCACGUCAAGCGCCAGGAAAAUGAGAAUGGAAUCAGCAUCUAUACCCCGAAGAUCCGUAUCCCUGCGCAGGAUAACAAAGAUCAACUCGUGUUUGAUGUCACAGUGACUCUACCCGCCGGCGCCAGCGGGGAUGUUCUCUAUAUUAAGAAUUUGGAAACCUCUGCGCCCCUUUUUCGCCACGAGGUUGCAGCUUUGUCGGACACCGUUUUCUUUGGUAGUAUUUCGUUGAACACUUUGCAUCUACCGAUCAAUGUCCAGUCUGUAGCAGCCGAGACAGGAAUUUUUACCACUGCCAACGGGGUCAUUAAAGGACACUUCCGAUCGAAUUCGUCUCUCAAACUCAUCACUACCAACAUCGCCAUUGACGCAGUUAUUGAUCUGUCCCAUAACGAAGAUGAAAAUCCAUCUGAAUUGGUCAUGACAACCACAAACGCACCCCUUGAUGCACGUGUAUCUUUAACUACUGCCUCAGGAUCUGCCGGAGAAUUCACAGUCGAUGCACAGACCACGAACGCGCCACUUGCCCUCACUUAUGUCGACUCGCCAGUUGAUUCCUGGCUCAACAGUAAGGCAAGCACCCGGAAUGCUCCUGCGACCGUAAGCCUGCACAGCGCAUUCGAGGGCUCUUUCUCUGUAGGAUCCUCAAUCAUCGGGCCCUCUCUUGAGCAGCAUGAAGUCGAGGAUCCUGCUGGCGAAGGGCGUCAACGUCACAUCACUAUAUCUCGCAGCAGGGGGCACAUUCAAGGUUCUGUUCGCUGGGUUGGGGCUGAGCAUAGUGGGGGUGAAAUCGGCUUUGUUCAAGUAUCAACGACGCUAUCACCUGCGAGGUUGAUCUUGUGAAGCACGCUGUGCUUGUCAUCGAGAGUCCUGUUUCUAGUUAGACCCUAGGAAGACAGCUCGUUUCAUUGUAAUAUCAGAGGCUCGACGUUCAACAUCUUACUCGUGUUUCAAGAAGUAGUAUAUGAUAAGACAGUUUCUGUGAUCUCCCAGA